UCCGUGUCUCCCAGUUCGUCAACAGUGAUGUGAGGCACAUCAUCAGAGCUGCAUCACGCAAGGCCGGAAACCGUCUUUUCCGCGGUCCUCAUCCCGCUCGGUGUGGAUAGUAAUUCAGUCGUAAACCUUGGUUACGGGCGCCCAGUUGAGGGCUGGAAAGACACACCGAGGCCAUGCACGCAAAUCGGAACCCCUUCUCCCGAGCGGUGGUGUAUACCGGUGGCAAGUUCUCCUCAAGGCCCGAAAUACGAUCAAACGCCCAAAUGAGCACAUUUAGAGGGAAAAGUCCCGGGCCUAGCAAAAUGUCAGAUGGGAGAGGCCAUCAUGCAGGGACCGGGGGGGACAAAUUGCAGUGUCCGACCUGUCUACUGAAUUGGGCCAUCAUAUUCAAGAAAACGUGUUUCCUACCUCCUCUACGAUCAAGCGUACGUUUGACGUCAAGGAGAUCACGAACACGAAUGACAUCCGAGGAACUCUGCGAUCUCGAUCUCCAAUGGCUGGCAAAUCUCUCCUUUGCAGGAGUCUGCACCACUCAUGAUCUCGACCUCACUCCAAUGAUCAAUCUUGGUGCUCAUGAAUGUCCGAUUCAAAUUCUCCCAUGCUGCUGGACUCCUGCGGGAAUAUGUGCAAAACCACCAUUUACUUGAUAAGGUCGUCAUCUCAAUUGAAUCAUCAGCUCUUCUGGAUUCACCCUCUAGCGGGGUUUUAAUCGCUAAACUGGCAGCUAGUACUCAUGCGUGAACCUCCUGACCCGUCUGCAUUAGAGACACCCCCAAAUAGUCCCAGGCCUACUGCCACAGUUUUCCAAUCUGAUGUUCGAACAUUUAGUCACACAUGAGCACACAUUCCAAUUGUCUCUCAACACG